ACUCUGUGUGAUUGCAAAACUUCAUUUAAAUACACUGAUCUCAGUGUUUCAGUGUUUGAUCUUUUUGUUUGAAUGGCAAAGUUUACGAAUAUAGUCCAUAUAAUUACCUUGUUUCCACGUCACAGAAAAUAGCAUUUUCUGUUGAGAAUAUUUCCUCGUUUGCUAACCAAGCUGUGCAGUAUAUUUUUUGGAAAUCAUGCACUUCAAGAUCAGUACAGUCAACUAGAUAUUAACCAUGGUUCUGCGUCGACAUAAAGCUCUCUGGCAAGCUUUGCUUUUGCUCGUAAUUGUUGGGGCAAUUUUGAGGUUUUCAUACAACUACUACAAGGAAACUGAACUCAAACUGAAAGCUGCAAAUAUAAGACAUCAUGAGUUGAUGGAGGAUAGAAAUCGAAUGAGUCGAGAUCUUGACGGCGUGAUGGAAAGCAAAAACAAUUUGGAAUUUUCUCUUAGAACCAAAGUGCAAAGUUUUGCAAAAAUCAAAGAAGAAUGGGAUAAUGAGAGAGAUAAGUUACAGAAUCGAGUGAAUAAGGAUAAGACUAGUUUUGAUGCAUUGGACACAGAGUAUCGGACACUCAAGGCAAAGAAUGAAGAUCUUCAAACUGAAUAUGAUCAUAUGAAGAAAGGCUUUGAUCGUCUCACAAAUGAUCACAAAAAGUUAAAUGCUGAACAUCAGAAUAAUUUUAAUGAACUUAAACGGAAAGAUGAGAAAAUCAUUGCUGCUUUGCAAAACCAAGUUGAACAUUAUCAACAGCAAACAAAUAAACUAGAAACCAAAGUUGAAGAUUUGAAGGGAAACUUAGCAAAAUAUCAGACUGCCAUAGCAAAGUUACAGCAAAAAUUAAGUCAGACUGAAAAAGGCAAACAAGAACAAGUUCCAGAGGUGAAAAAUGAUCAUAGAGUAUCAAAUGAACCUGCAGCCGCUAAACAAAAAUCCCAUACAAGAACAAAAAGACGGAGAAUACAACAUUCCAACCCAACAAUUGCUGUGAUGAACAAGGUUGAUAGGGAUGUUACCAUUCCUGUUAGUGAUAACAACAAAGCUCUAAAACACAAACAAUUUCUGCAGAAUUUAGAAAAGCUGGCAGAGGCAAGUCCAAUGAAACAGGGAAGAAACAGCAAGGUUAGAAUUGUGAAAGAAAAUCAUGAAGUUCCAAAAGUUGGUGGCUAUGAAGUUAAUGUUGUUCAGAGAAAUCUAAGGAAAGAUAUUGAUGACAGCAGAAGGAAAAAUAAUGGUAAUGAAGGACAAAAAGAGGAUCAAAAGAAAAAUCUUGAUGAUGAUGAAAAGAAAGAUGAAAGUCAUGAUAAUAUUGAAGUUAUAAGCAAGAAUGGCAAAGAGGAGGGUAACUUCAAUCUUGAUGAGCAAUCAGAGACUAAAGAAAAUAAGGAGGGACAAGUCAGUCUUAGUAAAGAUGAGAAUGGAGAAAUUCAACUGAAACAAGACAAAAGUAAUGCAAAUGAACAAAUGAAUGAUGAUCAGAAAUCUGAUGAUGAAGAGAUUGCUUUACAAGAAGGGGAUAGUGAAGAUGAAAAUGAGGAACAUGAGGUAUUAGAUCAACCAGAGAACCUCUUGAAGAGAGAAGAAGAAGCACAAGAAAGAGAGGAGGUUGUAAAGUGAUGAAAAUCUUCAGUUAUUGGAUAUACAUUUUGAUGCAAUAUUUUCAAAUCUGCUGAAAGAGUGUUUAUAAAGCCUUUCAAUAAUUAUACGUCACUUGCUUUGUGAGCAUUGCUUCCUUGAAAGUUAGCCAAUGUUCAGUUCUUGUGUACACCUUGAAAGCUACGCUUUUCUACUGAGCUAUUGAAACUUGAAAGUGAGGUUCCUUAAUUGCCAACACAUAAGUGUGACGUCAUUAUUGACUAUUACGGUAUUAAAAAUGUAUGUAUAUGUAAACAUACGUUUCUACAUUGUAGAUAAUACCAUUAUAGUUCAGUAUAAACUGUAAUUCACAUACACUUUUUGUAGCAUAUCCUCAGGCUCACACCUGUUAUUUCUUUCUAAUCAUGAAGUAUCACGUUGUAAGCAUUACAUCGGCAACAAUAAUCUAGCAGCGUGAUUUUGAAUUUACCUUGUACAUUAUUAAUUAAGAAAGCACACAAAUGAAGUUUUAUUAUUUGCCUUUAUUUAAAACCUUUCACAAGGCUCGUGCGAAGAAUGCCGAACCAGUUGCGAUAUACAUAGAUUACAAGCUAACCCAGCACUUGACGAAAGGACAGUUGCUAUAAGAAGAACUCCCUCCCCCAUUACUCACAUCUUAACG